UUCAAGAGACUGAACUGAGCAUUAUUUUUAAUUAACAAAUAUUAUUUUAGAAUUUAGUUAAUUUUGUUGUUCAAGAGUAUAAAACGAUUUUGAGAAUUUAUUCCAAAAAAAGCAUGUACUGCAUAGUUUCUCAGAAAUCAAGACUUCUCUGAGAUCUCUCAGACUCUCACAAGGUCACAAAUGGCAGAAACACUUCGAAUCAUAUUCCUCAAUUCCCUCGCCCCAGGAUAUCUUUCUUCUGCUCGCCGCCGAACUUAUUUUCCGGCCACCCGUCUUCCAUUUUCCAGCAAUUAUCCGUUCAGAAUCCAAACCGGUCCAACACUCGCCCGAAACUGCCACACCAUUGCUGCAACUCCAAUUAGAGCUCAAAGCCAAUCAAUUCAGGGGAAUGGAAGUGGGAGCCAUUUUCCAGCAAAAGACAACAAUUGGACUGCACGGGUUUUGAAGUUUGCAUCCAAUAAUUUUCUUCCAAUAGCUCUUGUAUGUGGAGUAGCACUUGGAUUAGCAAAUCCUAGCCUUGGGUGUCUUGCGGAUAGAUAUCAUAUAUCCAAGCUUAGCACUUUUGGGAUAUUCAUUAUAUCAGGUCUAACACUCCGUACAGAAGAAGUUGGUUCUGCUGCUGAAGCUUGGCCAGUUGCGCUGUUUGGUCUAGCUUCUAUUUUGUUCAUCACACCUCUAUUUUCAAAGAUUCUUUUGCUUCUUAGGCUUCAGCCUCAAGAAUUUAUCACAGGUUUGGCUCUAUUUUGCUGCAUGCCAACUACAUUAUCUAGUGGAGUGGCUCUAACACGGCUGGCUGGAGGAAAUUCUGCCCUUGCUCUUGCAAUGACAGUAAUCUCAAGUCUCACUGGAAUCCUUAUUAUACCCUUUUCCAUCUCAAAGCUCAUUGCCACAGGAGUGGGUGUAUCUGUCCCGACUGAACAGUUGAUGAGAAGCCUUGUUCUCACACUCUUGGUUCCUCUUAUCGUCGGGAAGGUUUUCCGAGAAAUUUUCAAGAGCUUGGGAGAAUUUGCUGAUCAAAAUCGUAAGCUCCUGUCUGUGACAAGUGCAAUGCUCCUCAGUUUGGCCCCAUUUAUACAAGUGAGUAGAUCAAGAUCACUGCUCUUACUGGUUAACCCAGCUGCUUUUUUCAUAGCAGUGGUCUUGGGAGCGCUCCUCCAUGCAAUGUUAUUUACUUUUAAUGCUCUUGCGAUAAAAUUUCUCUCUACUAUCUCUGGUGGCUCCAAAUCAGCUUUCGCGAAGAAGGAAAAUGCUAGUGCCCUCUUACUUGUUGCAAGCCAGAAAACCUUGCCGGUCAUGGUAGCAGUUGUGGAACAGCUUGGUGGAUCAUUGGGUGCACCUGGUCUGCUGGUUCUUCCCUGUGUAGCAGCCCAUUUGAACCAGAUUAUCAUGGAUUCUUUUGUUGUCAACUUUUGGCAAAAGGAUAGGGCAACCUCCAUUGCAAAGGAUGCUUGAAUUCGCUGUAAUUGUAUUCAUGCAUGUGCUACAACAAGGCCACGUUUGGUUAUGAGCAUAUUGCUAAGCAAUGUGCUCUUUUUUAAUAUAGCAUUUUGAACAGAGCAAUGCUAGGUUCACAAACAAAAUAGUCACAAAAUU